AUGUCGAACGUUCCGGGCCGCGACCGCGACUUUGAACCAUGGUUGAGAGACAAUCAGCUCACAGGGUUACAUCCAGCUUCACUGUCGAAUGCCACUGAGCUAGGCUGGAUUGACAUUGGAAACAAUGGAUUCAGCGGCAGAAUAGCAGUUGAUUUUGGAAGUCUGCACAAUUUUAAAACACUAGCGGCAUCCAGUAAUAAUUUCGGGAGUGGGGAAGUAAGGGAUGGGAUGCAGUUUCUGAGUACCAUGACAAACUGCAGCAAUUUGGUUGCAGUGAGCCUACAGAACAACCAAAUAAAGGGAGUCUUGCCCAAAAGGAUCGGCAACUUAUCAUCCCGAUUCUUGUACUAUAUGGCACUUGGCGGAAAUCAAAUAUAUGGAGGGAUACCUUCAACAUUAGGUAACCUCAUUGGCUUAGAGACUUUGUAUCUUGAAAGGAAUCAACUCACAGGCACAAUCCCAAGGACAUUUGGUAAUCUUCAAAAGCUUCAGCAGCUGGCUCUUAUUUCCAACAAAUUGUCAGGAGAAAUUCCGGAGUCUUUAGGAAACCUCUCAUUGCUGAAUGAACUAUAUUUAGAUGAUAACAACUUGGAGGGAUCCAUACCACCAGCUCUUGGAAAUUGCCAGCAGUUGUUACUCUUAGGACUUUCUCAAAACAACUUCAGUGGUUUGAUACCAAAAGAGAUUUUUGGGAUAUCUUCCCUGUCCAUUUCAUUAGAUCUUUCUCAGAAUCAUUUAUCUGGAACCAUACCAUCAGAGGUUGGCAACUUGAAAAAUUUAGCUGGAUUGGAUUUUUCAGAAAACCAUCUGUCAGGUGAAAUUCCUGGGACCUUUGGUGGUUGUAGUAGCGUUGAAAUCCUUUCCCUUGCUGGUAACUCUUUCCAGGGAUCUUUUCCAGAAUUUAUCAGUUCUUUGAAAGGUACUCAAAAUCUUAACCUUUCUAGUAACAAUUUUUCUGGACCAAUCCCCCAUUUUUUAGUAAGAAUGUCCAUAAAGUCCCUGAAUUUGUCCUUCAAUGAUUUUGUGGGCGAGCUACCAACACAAGGCAUUUUUGGAAAUGCUAGUGCAGUAUCAGUUGUUGGGAACAGGAGACUCUGUGGAGGCAUUCCUGAACUACAGCUACCAAAGUGUCAGCCCCUAAGAGAGUCAAAGAAAAAUAAGAAGCUUCUCAGGUUCAUCAUACCAGUGGAGCCUUGA